AUGGAUUCCCUACAGCUCAAGAGCUUUAAUAAAUGGUGGAAUAAUCGAAUGAUCAUGAUGGAAGACCAACAUGGCGAGGAGAUUACGAGCUGUGAUAGUGAGGCCAACGAGCAGAAGAAACAAACCCACGAUAGUGCCCAAGUUCAAAUAGGCGAUUUACGCAACAGCACGCGCGAUCCUACCGAUCUCUACAACCAGAUCCGGCAGAUAAAAGAGCAACGCGGCGCUGCGUUAAGAAGUAUCGACGAUUAUUAUGCUGAACGUAUGAACAUAAUUAAAGAAAGCCAAUCGAAAGAGCACGAGCAUCACAGGAAGGCAUAUGCACAAGCCCUUGCUGACAGAUCAUCACUUAUCGACAGUACUUCACCUGUUCAAUCGUCCGUAGUCACACCUGCGAAUACCGUGGACACUACAGUCAUCGGGGAAACGGACGGUAAUUUACCAACGCCAAUCUCUGGAGACGCGAUUUCGACAGUACAAACGCCAAAAGUGCAAUCUGUCAGUGCCUCUGACAACCGGAUGUCUCCUAUUCAAGAUAUGGUUCCCACGCCUGUGGCCUCCCGGGAAUCAAGUCAAUCAGCACCGCCUGAUAAAGGCUUCUCUGCUACCGUCCAACGUGAGUUUACUGCCGAAGGAAGGGAGCAGCACAUCUUUCGGUUUAAGACUAAGAAUCGCAAAGCGUUACAAGGAGCCAUUAAAGCGAAGCAAUCAACCUCCGAACCUAACGCAAUGGAGUCGAUACAAACACCUGUCUCCACGAACUUGACUACCACCAACGAGACUGCCCCUGUGAGAACCAUUACCUUUGACGAGGUAUAUCAAAAUGGGCAAGCUAAGCAUAAGGAUACUAUUGUAGAGUUUCCACCUGGUAGGAACCAGUGGUACAUUCUUAAAUGUGAAGAACAUUCCGUAAGGUUCAGCAACAAGUUGCCUAUAGCCGGAGCUGCGAAGCAUUUAAGCGGUCGCUUGCACGGAGGUUUAGAGAGGAGUUAUGUUCUGGCUAUCAAGACUCUUGGUUAUAGAGUGGUUGAUUGCAAUGAGCAGCUAGCCAGGCAAAAUAAUGAAGUUGUGAACGAGGCUUUCAGAAAUGGCUAUAAACCAAUAAGCCUCAUCAAUCCUGAAAACAAAAAAUCACGAACAAGAAAAAGCACAGAGGGUGCUGGGAAAACACCACAGAAAAAGUCGGAUAAUCCCAAUCGCGAGAGAGAGACUAAUACCAUACCCCAAGGGGCGAGUCCACUAAAAGCACGCAAAAAUGCCUUGAAGACCUCAGAAGAGAUCAUUACGAACCCGAAGCCUUUUCAUGUCUAUAAUUGCUUCUGGAGGCCAGAGCGAUGCCUCUACCCUGUCAUGAUUCUGGGGUGGAACGACCAGACACCGGGAGGGCUCGAAUAUAACCUCGCCGGCACUGGACUCCUGGACAGGAAGAAGUCUAACGUACCAGGGUGUUACGUUUAUAAAGACGUUGACAGCACCACAAAUGGUGCCAUUAUUGGCUGGUCUCAAGGAUUCGAAGAUGGUGGGCCGAACAUUAAACGAAGAAAGUUCCCUGUCAUGUUUUUGUAUGUUUUAAGCAUAACACAUCCAUACCCCCUCUUCUUUUUCCAAGGCAUAGUCCUCCUGGAAUUCAAUUCGUCACCUUCCACUGAUAAUAAGUCGAACGUUAGCUGGGUUGCUGCGAAAGAUUUAAGCAAAUUUCCGCUCUAUCAACAAGACCAGCCCAAGAGGGAAAACGAAUAUUAUAAGGCUGCGCGUAGUUACAUUGCUAAAAGGGAUGGGUAUGGUUCUUGGGAAGCUUUCGAAGCAGCUCAAAAGGCAAAUGCUGGAGGAGUAAAAUUUGACGCUGUUACGACGCCAAUAGUUUCGCCGCUCACGGAUGUUGACGAUUCUAACGAUGAUUCGGAUACCGAUGAGUCUAUGCAGUCCUCGAUCUCGAAUGUUACCGAAAAAGAGCUACGGGAAAUGCAGGAAACUGCUGGUGAAAUAGAUGGUGAUGAUGAUUACUCGGGUUCAGAUGCGGGCAGUACAUUGAGCAACGAGAAUGAAUGGGAACAGCCCGAAGCCGACGGAAGGCCAUGGGCAUUCUACCACCUACGGAAAUCAGAUCAUGCAUCGGGCAAUACCAAUGCCCAGCUAUCAACCCAUGAGAAUCAUAAGUUGGUCUACAAUCAAGGAAAUGGUUCCUCAGGAGAAGGCGCCCCCACUCUUGAACCAACAUUUCAAGACAUAUAUAUUGAAGGAGUUAUGGAGACAGAGCGCGACGCAAAGACUUCGAGAAGCACACCGCCGCCAGACCUAAAUAUCAUGUCGAUAGUCAGCCAGGCUGCUUCCAAGGAAGCAGCCUGCACUUCUCAAGCUGAUGAUAUCAAUUCCAAGAAGAAUAGCUCUGAACCUAUUGCACGCUCCGAGACGUGCUUCAAAAGUGCACCGUCACCUUCGGUAUCGCCGGAGCUAAUAGUAAUAGGAGAACGGCCGAAGCGGGCGAGAUCCGAGGAGAUGAGCGGCAUUGGUAUCACCACGGCUGGACCAGACAACGUAAAAAAGGCUAGGAUGGAAACGGAACCCCCAAACAAUCAGGCGAGGACGUCAGCAGUGCAACAACCAAUAUCUAAACCGUCUGCUCCCACUGUACAUCCUACCUUGCUCUGCAUAUUUGAGAUUUCCUCGUACCGCAAAGGGCCAAUCUCAUGGGUGAGUGGAGGGCCUUGCCUGGAACUUCAUUUCCAAGAAGACAAAAAAAGAGUCGCCACGGUGAAUGCUCACCUGGAGAUUGUCAUCGACCCGACAACCUUACGAGGCUUUGCUAAAGAGGAAAUCCCUGGGUCUAAGGGCAACAGCCUCUUAACGGUAUUUCCUUCAGAUGUAACUGAUGACCCGGUUACAGUUGUCUUCAACCGCGCAGAGGGAAGCAGGAAAGAGAUUGGUAAAACCCAAGUGAGGAGGUUCACAUUCUGGCUUCGAGACGUAGUUCCUUCCCUACCUACCCUCAACUGCAACGUGCCCAAUAAGUAG